AUGGCUGCCAUUCGUGCCGACCCCCACAUCUUGGAGGAGCACCACGCUGUCGAGGCCACCAUCGACGCCUCCCACGCUCAUGCCGCGAUGCGGUUGGCUUCUUUAAAUGACAGUUCGUGUCAUUUUCUCGAGGCCACCGUUGGUGCCUUUGAAGAAGACUACGAGGUGUUUUCUCAGUGUGCCCGUGCUUACCUCAACUCGAGAGCCAUGCGCUCGUAUUCAAAAUCCACAAAUAUUGGGCGAAGAUCGGACCUGACCAUACAAGCGGUGAUAUCAGGCCCGACCACCAUACGAACCUUUGGGCCAAGAUCAGGCCCAACCUAUCUGUUCCUUUCCUUCCCUCUUAGGUACGAGCGCCCAGGAAGCGACAACACUGCAAGGAAGACAGAAAAAGAAAGAGAGAAAGAAAGAAAGAAAAAGGCAAAGCAAGAGAUGGGGUGCGGAGGCGGAGGAGAUGCUGACGAAGGCAACGAGGCGAAGGGAAAGGAGGAUGCGCUCGCAUCCAGUAGGCUGCUCGAUCCGGAAUUCAAGCCCUCCAAGCUGUCCCAAGAUCAGCUCGACAAGUUUAAGGAAUUGCACAAGAAACGGCUACAAAUAAAGGAAAAAACAAAAUCCAAAGGAAAACCUAAAGGAAGAACUGGGGAGAAUACAAAUGUAGCCAAUGAUUCUAAAUUUAAUAAUAAGGAUAAAUCAAUUGAUAGUGCCGCAAUAGAUGUACAGCAUACAACAUCAACUACAGGAGCCCAAGCGAAUCUUGCACCGUCCCUGCCCUUGAGGAACAAAAGGAAGUUGCAUUGGGGGCUUGAUGUUAAAGAACGGUGGGAGAGGAAAGCGAACAUGUGAAUUUCUGAAGAUCGUUUAAAUUCUCGGAGCAAAGCAAACCCUCCAUGUAAAUGGGAAAAAAAUCUUUAUGCCUUCUUGAUGACCUAGUUGAAUGUAUUCAUCUUUCUGUUAGCAGGCAGAAUAGCUGGGCGAAAGCCACAAGAUCUAGGCCACAAAUUUCCUGGUUUGCAGUUUUCUAUCUGAUGCCUUAUGCAGGUUAUGUAGCUAGAUAUUCCUAUUUUAAGUACCUGUCCAGAUCUCUUGUUGGGUACUUCAGGCCCACGCCGCGCAGGUUAUAGAACAUCCUGCUUAGCGAGACAGGGAAGGUAUUGAAAAUCCUGUUUCAAAUGUUGUGUACGAUUAUGACAUGCUGCUGUUGCUGCUUUUACAGCAAAUUAUAAGUUUGUCCCGGUUUAUUUUA